UAGCGUGUAUUGAAGCAGCCGAGCGUUUGGUGUGUUAGCUCAUCUCCCUCCUCAAAUUUCUCACAUCUUCUGCACCCCUUCAACCCUCCCCUUCUCUGGAACUGUCUCCCACAAUGGCAUUACCAGUGAAGGCACCGGUCUCCGGUGACCGGAAAGCCCCAUACAGAAUAGAAACCAAGAAUCUUUCUUACAAGUUAUGUCGGAAAAUUGAUGAAUACGACUGGUUGUGCUGCGGCCAUGGGAGCUCCAGGAGUGCUACUAAAUACAUUCUGAAGAAUGUAGAUUGCGUGGCCAAGGCUGGGGAGAUCACUGCUAUUGCUGGACCUAGUGGAGCUGGAAAGACCACACUGUUAGAAAUUCUUGCAGGGAUGAUUCCACCAGGUAGAAUUUCCGGUCAGGUUCUUGUCAAUGAUCAGCCCAUGGGUGCUGCACAUUUUCGGAAAGUGUCGGGCUACGUCACCCAGCACGAUGCACUCUUCCCGCUGCUAACAGUCGAAGAAACACUCAUGUACAGCGCCCGUCUGAGGGGAUGUGGUGGGCGUAGUGUGGCUGCAGCGAGAGUGAAAGAACUCCUGAAAGAACUGGGGUUGGAUCAUGUGAAGGAUUCGAGGAUUGGCGGAGAUUCAGCUCGUGGGAUCUCAGGCGGUGAGAAGCGCAAGGUCUCCAUUGGAGUUGAUUUAGUCCAUGACCCAUCUGUUCUUUUGGUCGAUGAGCCAACGUCAGGUCUGGAUUCUGCAUCAGCUCUCCAUGUCGUCACGCUGCUGAAAACUAUGGUGGUUAACCAAGGUAAGACAAUUGUGUUGACCAUCCAUCAACCUGGUUUCCGCCUUCUCGAGCUGUUCAAUCAAGUUGUUUUGCUAUCAAAUGGAACUGUUCUUCACCAUGGAUCAAUGGAUUUCCUCGAGAAGCGGCUUAAGGAUGCUGGCCACUACAUUCCGUGCCAUGUCAAUGUGCUUGAGUUCGCCAUUGGUGUUACAGAGACUCUGGGUAUACAAACCUCGUCGGCUCUUGAAGGCCAAUUGUUGAUUGAGGAUAAAGCUGCUGAAAAUCAUCAGGAAGAAGACGAGCAACAAAAAAAGCGGUUGACGACAACUUCGGCAUCUGAUUUUAUCGAAGAAAAGCAUAUUUUCUACCCAAAUUCUCGAUUUCGAGAGGUCUUAAUUCUAAGCCAGAGAUUCUGCAGCAACAUAUUCAGAACCAAGCAACUUUUUGCGGCCCGAAUGAUCCAAGCCUUAGUCGCCGGAGUUGUGCUGGGAACCAUUUUCAUGAAUGUCAACAAUGACACCACCCGGGUCAGGUUGCAGACGCGACUCGGGUUCUUCGCUUUCAGUCUCACUUUCUUGCUCUCUUCAACAACAGAAGGGCUACCGAUUUUCUUACAGGAGAGAAGAAUUUUGAUGAGAGAGACCUCCAGAGGAGCUUACAGAGUCUCGUCCUACGUAACGGCCAACACCCUGGUAUUCCUCCCCUUCCUUCUACUGUUUGCUCUUCUCUACAGCGUUCCAGUAUAUUGGCUAGUGGGUUUGAGAAGAGAAAUCGAUGGGUUUCUAUACUUCUGUUUGGUGGUUUGGGUGGUGGUGUUGAUGUCGAAUUCAUUUGUGGCAUGUUUCAGUGCUCUCGUGCCAAAUUUCAUCAUGGGGAACUCGUUGAUUGCUGGGUUCAUGGGUUCAUUCUUCCUCUUCUCUGGGUAUUUUAUAUCCAAGAACAGCAUACCCAAGUACUGGAUCUUCAUGCACUACUUGAGUUUCUUCAAGUACCCAUUCGAGUGCUUUAUGAUAAAUGAAUAUGGGGGAGAAAAGGGAAGGAGAAGGUGUUUGCAGAGUGAGGGAGGAGUCUGCAUUUUUUAUGGGGAUGGUUUCUUGAGACAGCAAGAGUUGAAAGACUUGGAGAAAUGGAACAAUUUAGGGGUGAUGUUUGGAUUCAUCGUUGGGUACAGAGUGCUUUGUUAUUUGAUUAUGUGGUACAGAUGUUACCGGACCAGAAAUUAGAGUUUCUCUCUCAUCCAUUAAUUAAAUGUAAAAAGAUGUUGAGGGCUUUAUCUGUCCAAUAGUUGAUAAUUACAGCUAUUUAGAAUUUUUUUUUUUGUACUACCAAGAUUUCUUGCAUAAAUAUUGCAAUUAUAUAUUGUAUUGGAUGUAAUCUCCUUCUAUUGUCUGUUUUAACAUGAGAGGCAUUUCUUUUAAUCUCAUAGAUUAGAAAUUGUCUAUUAAGGGUUGUACUUUUGAAGGUCAGGUUUUA